UGACCACAAGAGGCCGGCAGGACACUGUGACCAGUUGCCCGAACGUGGAUAAGGCCAACGAAUCGUUCAGUGUCGGUCAAAUGUUGACCAGUUGUCGUGUUCGUGUAGUUGCUAGUCAAUAUUUACACAACAAAUGAAACUUCUAAAAGAUAUUAUCGGAAAAAUGGGCAAUGGAAAAUCCAAGACCAAAACGAAGGAGAACAGGGGCGAGAGAAAGAGAUCGAUAGAUCAAUCGCAUGAGAUGCAGGAGAAAAGUUCUAAUAAUUUUUCGGAAUUCGGCGCGGCUUACGAUCCGGAACUUGUGCGGAUGCGUCGCAGUCUGGAAAGGGACCAGCAGGCGUUCAUUCUGAAUAAUCUCAUGCUCAGCGUUGAGUUUUUCGAAAACUAUGACCAAGAGAUUUUAGAUAUCAGGGCGAGUCCAAUCUCUCGACAGGAAUACGAUCUGAAUACGAUCCUAUCACAGAGUCAGAAACACGUUUUGCUCCCAGACGUUCUUCAGGAACAAGUUGCACGCCACGUUAAGUUCACGUCGUCGAGAAAAACUGAGAAUCUUAUGGUAGAGCCUCUGCAGCCGGUACGCAUGUACGUCGUUCUCGACAACAUAGACGUGAACGAGAUCCCCGAAGGUCCCGAGUACAGCAUCCUGACUGACGCAAUAUUUUACAACAUGUGUCUGGAGCCCAGCUCGAACAAAGGAUUCGUAAAGCUCAGAUCACUGGAAGUGACGCCAGCGUCAAAAGAAAAAUCUAACGAAGGUUCCGAUUCGGAUUUGUCAUCAAUCGCCGAGGAUGAUGACGAGAUCUAUAAUGAAAAGGAGGACAUGUUUAACCCCAGAGUGAAUCCAGGCGUGCGUUUUCUAUCUCAAGUCGAAAAGCGGGCUAAUUCACUAGCGACAAAGCCGGUUUUUACGCAAUCGAUGAGCGAUCUACGUAACACUGAAAAAUCGGACUAUGAAGCAGCCUCUUUGGAAACGGGCAGAACAUUUUCCCAGGCGAGUUUGAUACUCCAGGAAGAUCCGGACGACGGAGAGCAAGAUUCUUCAAACGAUGGAACUUCGGAAAGGAGAUUGAGUGGACGCGUUAAGCCGACGUCAAACGCAGUUCUUCGCGGUCAGAUAGCCUCCCACGGAAAGCUGAAGCAGCUCAAGAAGCGACAGAAUCACGCGCUUCAGAAUCAAAGAAGCGCUGAGGCUAGUCCAGCGAGCAGCAGGAGCUCUGGUUAUCGAUCCGGGUCUUCCGGGAGCAACUACGUGAUCGACAGUGACUCGGACUAUGGUUAUGCCACCAUAACGAACUUCAACACGCCGAAGCCGCUGGUCAGGCCAGCGAACAUUCCAGCCUCGUCGUCCGAAAUACCCGUUUCGUGUUUCAAGAAGAUAGUUUACACACGUGACGGGAAAGUCUACAGCGAGAAAACUGAGAGGAUACAGCUGCAGAACCGGCAACAGAGGAGAAUAAGACAGGCACUAAAGCGGCAGAACGAGGACCGGUUAUACCUGAGGAGCGACGUCUUCAUGCACUACUUCCAAGACCUGUUCGCAAGCCGGCUGGCCGAGCCACUCGGCUUCACUGCCGAGGAUGUUGACGACGCCACCAGACAGGGUGCCAUUAUAUACUGCGACUCGAUAGAGUUGCUUGAGAGGAACCGCGGGGUAGUUAUACCCCACGAAAUCGUACCAAGCAUACAAGCCGAGUGGCCAGAUUGCGGCAGCGAGUGGCUGAGCAGAUUGCGAUCGGAAGUGCUCGAUCCUGCGAGCAACGUGAUCUAUACGUGGCCCACUAGGAAGAUGAUCGAUAAGAUAAAGAAGUUCGGCUGUCAUAUAGUCCCAGAAGGCUACAUGCCGAAAAGGCAACCGAAUCCGAAUCAUGAUAUUGAGUGGCAGCUCACAUUUCCAGCGGCAGAACGGUACCUUGAAACAUGUCUCAGCCAUGCUCAAGUCCGUAUCUACUUGCUCGCUCUGAUGCUUCACAAGACCUUCAUUCGUCCCGUUGACACCACCUUCGGACUAACCACAUCCCACAUAAGAUCCCAGCUCUUUUUGCUCCUCGAACAAAACUACUCGCCAGCGAUGUGGCCCGAGCAUAGAAGCGGCGAAAGCCUUAGGAGAUUGCUCAGAAAACUCUACAGUGCUGUUUCUCAGAGCCAGCCCUACCUUCCGGAUUACUUUAUCAACGGGAAGAACCUCUUUGCAAAUAUUCCGAGGCAGUACCUGCUGCUUACGCAGAAACAGCUUAAUCGGAUAAUCGACAAUCCCGUUAUGUACGUGAUUGCGUCCAUGGAAAACAUUCGGUAUAAGCCGGAGUUUUUUCCCGUAUUCGACUACAAGAGGUUGUUCAAAAUACUCACUUUCGAGAACAGCGAGCUAGUCACCCUCAUCAAUCCCGCUCUCAGUCCAGUAGACAGACCCAUAACCCAGGCUCCGGAUGAAGAUAUGGAGAUAUUCGAAGAACGGUUUGACAGGGUCGGGGGAUUCUGGGUCAAAGUCAAGGCAAAAGAAGACACGUCGACAGAACGGGCUCAGAAAAUUGUGCAACACAAAAACGUCAUCAAUAAGAAGUCAAGCAGAGUAACGUCACAGGAAUUGGUUGUUGAAAUUUCUCGUCAAUGCGCCGAGUUACGUGGCCUUCGAUUGACUGCCUUCCUGGACAUGUUCAUCCAACAUUUCAUUAGAAUGGCACAGCGAUGUCAUCACUACGGAGCGAUGAAGCAAAAGGACGUUUAUCUGAACCAAGCAGAACGACUGUCGAUGAUACUCUCGGAACAGGGUAACGGAAAAGAAGACGCAAGGCGGUAUUUGGACACAAUCAACAACCUCACGAAAGAACUAUCGCGACCUAGGGAGCAGGCAGACGCGCCCGAGACACCGAGACGAAACGAACAGCCCCUGAUCAGCAUCCCUCUGAACCAACACUUCACCGACAAAGCCGAAGAAUGGGGAGGAGGUUCACUUUUCGUACAUCCUAUCGGGGAAUCUAAAGAGUACGACAUUUAUUCGGACGCUUCGCAGAGGCGACCGACGGUCAACUUCCAAGCCCAGACGACGCAGGUUGAAAUCGACGGCACCAUCACCAUGGGAGAUGUGAAUGACGUCUCAUUUCGAAACGGCCAUUCGAAUUUACCUCGCAUCGUAAGUCUGACCGAAGAACCUCAGAAGGAAUCUUAUCUUUCCGAUUCCACGUACAUUUGAGGAGCGUUCGCAUGGUCAUCGUUACACGAUGGAUUAAUCUACGUCCACAGAGAUGGAUCGAAGCAAUAGAAAUUAAUAAAUUCGUCCAGAGGCUCGGGCUUGUGUUGAUAGAUUCGCGGAACAGUGCUUUGUGGGUGUGAGUCUGUCAGCCAUGAUUUUUUUUUUUUUACACGAGAUAUAAAGAUGCUUGAAUUGAAAAUCAGCCUGCCAUACUCGAAAAUGGCAUUGUUCACGCUGAUCGUGAAUUAAUUUGCGAUCAUGAUUUAAGGCGAAUUGAAGUUAUCUGUGAUCAAGAAAAUUGACAGUUAUUGGGAGGAAACCUCGUAAGCGUUUGAACGUUUCGAACUGGCUCACAUUAGAUUUGAAAUGAAUUAAAACUUAUUCAAGAAAAAUAUAAGAAACGGUGAUUUAGUUUAAGUAUUCAUUAUAAUCUAUUCAGAAAUAACACCUAUGUAGAUUUCACGCUGCGUAGUAAAUUAUAUCUCUAUUACAUUUAACGACAGCGGAGCUGAAAUUCUUCGCUAAAUGUACCGACGCCUAUCGUCCGCAAUUGCAAUUUUUUUUUUUUUGCUCUCGCUUAUCAACUGCUAUGCGUAGUAGUUCUUAGCAUUAGCCUGCCACGGCUUAGCUUAUCGGUAUAGUUUUUAUUUAUUAUUAUCACGUCAGUAGAUUUCAUCACGGAAGACUCGGAUUUGCAAAGAUUUUAAAACGUAUUAAAUAUUUAGAAAUGAAUAAUGUAUCGUUAAUCUUGUCAAUAUUAAAUAUUUUUAUCUGAAAAUUAUAAGUAAGAAAUAAAAUUACCAACGUACCUCGA